CACAAAGCUCUCCUAGAGGGUUAGCACAUGUCCACCUGUCACUCACGUCGGCGUCCACGUCGUCAUCGAGAAGACGAGCUCAGCACACAGGUUCGCAGCAGUUGGUCUUGCAGGUUAAUCCAAUCACAGCUAGUGGUUGGUACUAAUUGACUGACCUCAAUUAUUGAUUGGCACACUGGUCGCCAUGCCAACAGUCAAGGGCAGGAAGAGGAAGACCAGGAAGGAAGUCACCGAAGGGGAUGGUGAAGGGGUUUGCGUUGAGUUGGAGAACGACGAAUUGACCAAUCAGAGCAGAGAAACGUCCACACCAGACUUUCUGGAUGCGGCACCACAAAAGAAGAAGAAAAAGAAGAGAAUGCCCACCAUUGACCAGGUGGAGCAUGUUGACACACCAAACGGGAAUCCCACCGAAACCGCAGUGGACGAAGAGGAAGCCGUGGUCGCAGUGAGCAGAAAAACCAAAAAGAAGAGGAAGGCUAAGUCCGCGGAACAUCACACCAACGACCCUGGCGCGGAAGAUGACGAUAUUGUGGCCAACGCCCCUUCGCCUGUCCCCCAACAGUCCUUGUUCUCCGCCCCCCAAGGCCAAAAUCAACCUGUCGGCAGAGUCUUUGCGGAAAGAAACAGACGCUUUCAGGCAGAGCGAGUGGAGCAUCUUCGCCAUUUGGACCAGACAGAUGACUACUUGGAGCCCAGACAGAUGAUAUGGACCACCAGAGACAUCGCCGUUAAAGUCCACAGCAGCUUCAGGGUUCUGGGCCUAUUCUGCCAUGGCUUCCUGUCGGGCUACGCCGUGUGGAACGUGAGUGUGGUGUAUGUGCUAGCUGGUGAGCACAUGUCCACACUGGCUAACCUCCUGCAGCAGUACCACUCGCUGGCCUACAGCGCACAGUCGCUGCUCUACUUGCUGCUAGCUAUCAGCACCGUGUCCGCCUUCGACCGAGUCAACUUGGCCAAGGCCUCCAUGGCGUUGAGAGGCUUCAUCACGUUGGAUCCCGCUGCGCUUGCCUCGUUCUUGUACUUCAUAGCGUUGAUCCUGUCCCUCAGUCAGCAGAUGACUAGCGAUCGCAUCCACCUGUAUCCCACCGCCAACGAGACUCUGUGGCCUCCUGGUUCUGAGGAGCAGAUCUUGCGGCCAUGGAUUGUGGUCAACCUGGUGGUGUCCCUGCUCGUGGGCCUGGCCUGGGCCGUCAUCUCCACACGGCCAAAUCUUGACUACACAGAAGAGUUCUUGAUGUCCAUGGAAGUUGAAAGCUAUCCCAGAGGCGACGAGAACAUGGAUAUUCCAGCCUGAAAUCUUGCAUAAAAUCACUAUAUUUUCAAAUAUUUUUGUACAGUAUAUCUUUUACAUUUUUUUGUCUUGUGAUUUUGUUAACGUGAAAAUAAAGUAGCGCCUGAGAGCCAAAUUGUUUCGCUGUGCUUUUUUAACUGUUAAA